AUGUCCUUCAUGACAAGUCUAAGCGGCGGCCGAGGUGGAUAUGCCCCUCGAAGAGGACGUGGUGGAUCGUCUCGUCCUUUUGUGAAGCGCCAGGAUCCAGUGAAACCUGAUCUCACCAAAUAUCCGCUGGGAGAGCUUUUGGUCUCGCUUCGAACCUCAAACCUGGAACCGUCAAACACCCAUCUAUCCCUUCCACAGAUAGAGGACUGCCAAUACGUCGCGUCCUACAACUGGCUAGCCGAACACUCCACUAUUUUGGUCCCAGGUCAACCUCCUCAAUGGACCCCUUUGAAGAUCGCUCGGAGACUGCCAGAAGAUAGUGGCACCUACUAUCGGGAUCCAAAUGCCGCACACUACCCCGAAUACCCCAUCGCACCUGCUGUAAAAGCCAUUAUGGACACUACAGACGAUACCAUAGUAGGAGCUGAUUUCUUCGCCUGUGGAAGUACGCUAGGUAACCUACUUCGUUUCGUGCGUGGCAUAGACAAGGCCUUUCGUUUCAGUGUCGAGACCAUAGGCGACAUCGUGUUCCUCAUUCGCAAAGAGAACGAUCCCAAAGAACUCAUCGAGGGUGUGCGUGGCUUCGGCCAUACCUUCCCUGAAGCGUACACAACCUGGCCAAAGGGUGUGCAGGGCUCUGAGACCCAUCAACGCAUCGUGCAGUAUAAUCUUGGUGGUUUGCAAUGUCUCGUUCGAUUCGAAUGCGACGGGUUCUUCGACAACUCUACCAAACCAUCGAGCUCCGAGGCUUCUCGUGGAAAGGAUCCAGCCGCUUUGCCGUCCGAAGAUGUCCUCGCCCAGACCCUCGCCGGCACAGCUGUAUCUAACCCACAAACUACCAGCACAGGCCCCCUUACCAUCAGGCACCGCGGGAGCAUUGUCUCACAGAAUUCAAUCUUUGAUCUCAAGACCCGCUCCGGCAAAUACAAGAAAGAGAUCAACAUGGACGACAUCACACCACAGCUCUGGCUCAAACAGAUCCCCAACUUCAUCGUCGCCUACCACGACGGCGCGGGUAUGUUCGAAGACAUCCAGAUUCAGGAUGUCCGGUCCCUCGUAUCUACCUGGGAGAAGGACAACGCCCGAUCGAUCCGCCUUCUUAUCGCGCUGCUCAAGAAGAUCAUUGACGUCGCCAAGGCCGAUCAAGGCGGGCUGCUCGAAGUCUAUUGUUCCGGCACAGGUGAGCUCGAGAUUCGGAAACAGGUUGGAGAUGGUGUGCACGCCCUACCCACGGCGCUGAGCGAGGAAUGGGCAAGGCGGUGCGAAAGCGACGGGGGGUUUCAGUUCACUGAAGAUACGGGGUACGGAGCAUCCCCCGAUUUCCCCAACGACUCUUUCGACGAUUCUUAUGAUGACUCGGAUGAUGAUGGGAAGGACUUUACUGCUUGUUCCGCCGAUGACUGCGGGUAUUGUGGGAGGUGCACGUACUGA